CCAACUUGCAAUUAUCAAAAGCUCUAAUAGAAUUUUAGAUUUUAGAAAGGUGGUCACUGGCCAAGACCUUCAUCUCUCCGGCCUCCUUCCCUUCCUCCCUUGAUUCUAAGAUGGUUUUGCCAAAUUAUUACCCAGCAAGGAUCUUAUCCACCUAAUCCGAUCCCCGGCGGUGGCGCGACGAAGAUGUGGCAUCUAUUGACAACGAUGAAACGGAAUCUGUGGAACAUGAGGAAGAGUGGUCGAGUUGCUGAUGAAAACAUAGCCGGAGCUGAAUUGCCCAUGUUUGUUGGCGGCGAUGACGACGUGGUGGUGGCUGCCGAUGGAAGACGGCGGCAUGGAUGGAAUAAUAAUGGAUUCUCUAUACUUUAUGCUAUCGUGAGGGCUCCUCUUUCGUUGAUCUCUUGCAUCUCUCAUCCUCAUGUUAGUGGUGCUGAUGGUGUCUGGGUUUCCGGUGAUUUCACUGCUAGAAUCUCUGAGAUGAACCAUCUUAUGGUUACUGAUAGCAUGCGCUAUGCAAUUCUUAUGUAGAAAAUGAAAACUUUUAGGGGAGAUCAGAUGUACUUAGAAGCUAGAUAUGGAUGUUAUUCUGUUCUUA